UUUUUUUACCAAAUUUAAACCGGCCGGUGGCUCCUCCUCCGUCUUCUUGUUGGCUUGAAAUGGUUGCCUACCGAACUGAGCUCAAUGAACCGAAGUUAGAUAGGCGAGGUGAUCGACUGAAAUGGCAACCAGAAGCGGUGAAAUAGUGUACAGAUUUUACAGAGCUCUAACCUACGGCAUAUCGCCGCUAAUUCGCCUCCAUCUGCGGUGGCGCCGAUUUCGAGGCUGCGAGCACCUCCUAAGGUGGCCGGAACGCCUCGGCCGCCCGUCCGCACUACGCCCCGCCGGUAGCCUCGUCUGGUUCCACGCCGUCUCAUUGGGUGAAGGAUUGGCAGCCAUACCUGUGAUCAAGUGCUGUCUGGAGAGGAGGCCGGAUGUGGCUGUGUUGAUGACGACUACAACCACCUCAGCAUUUGAAGUAAUAAAGAAGAGACUUCCAAGCAAUGUCAUAUAUCAGUUUGCUCCUCUUGAUAUACCGUCUAGUAUGGAUGCUUUCCUUCAAUACUGGAGGCCAGAUGCUGUUAUGCUAAUGGAAAGUGAAUUGUGGCCCAAUCUCAUCAUGGGUGCUGCAAGAAAUGGUGUAAGCUAUACCUUCCAAUUACGGUUCACGUUUGUUGUUUCACUGGCAUUGCUAAAUGGUAGAAUGUCUACAAAAUCCUUUCGGAAAUGGUCACAUCCAGUACUUCUUCCAUUGAUCUCGUUGAUGCUAUCAAAAUUCACAUUGAUUCUCCCAUUGAGCACAGCACAAGGAAUCAACUUUCAGCUAUUACAAGCUCCACCUUUUAGCAUCCGUUAUUCUGGUGAUCUCAAAUAUGCAAUAGUGGAAUUUGGCGAUCCUGAAAGAGAUAAAAUUUUCUUAGAAGAGUUUAAGGCACUGCUUUUGUGUAGAAAAGUGUGGAUGGUGUCUUCAAUUCACAAGGGUGAAGAGGAAGGAGCUCACAACAUGCUAAGGCAGAUGCAUGCUAACAUACUAACUAUUAUUGUGCCUCGUCAACCUCAGUGUGGACAAUCUAUUGCUCAGAAAUUGAGGGAGCAAGGAUUUUGUGUGGCAUUGAGAUCUCAUGGUGACUACCCCACCACUGAAACAAGUGUUUAUGUAGUCGACUCAUUAGGUGAACUGAGAAAUUUUUAUGGAUCGACGCCAAUAGCUGUAAUAGGAGGUUCAUUCAUACAGGGAUCAGCUGGUCACAACAUAUCAGAAGCUGCUGCUGUUGGCUGUGCUAUUUUGACAGGUCAUCAUGUUGGCCACUUCUCGCAUAUGGUAGCAGAAAUGCAGCGGGUCAAUCCCCUUUCAGUUCUACAAGUAUCUGGUGAAAACCUUGUUGAAGCUGUUAACGAGCUCCUUAGCAAUGUAAAAAUUCUGGAAGCACGACGUGCAGCUGCCAGACAAGCAUUCCGUGCAUUGUCCAAUGGAGUUGUUGAAAGUGUAUGGGAAAUGUUGAAGUGCCAUGCUCAGGGAAAUGAAACAAAAUAGGUAAACUAUAAACAUCUGCAGUUUGGUAAAGUGGUUUGAAGAAAGAGGAGGUUGCAAUGUCAAGUAUGCCCUCGACUUUCAGACAGGUUGAAAAUGUAUUGUAGACGUAUGUGUUGUUGCCUGGCUGCACAGUAAUUUAACUGAGUUAAUCGUUUCUCUUGCAAUUGGCCUCUGGAAUUCAAAGGUAACUCGGUUCAUCUCCAUGGGUCCUUUGAAAUGAGAUGAAGUACUUGUGUGAUGGUUAUCAUUUUCCUUGUGCUUGAGAAAUGAGUUUUUAGGAAAGUUACUGAGAACCCUUGAAAUUUAGAAAAUACCCUUGGGCCUCGUUUUCCCAAGGACCUGUCAAGGAUAGUAAACGAGGCCUUGAGAUUCGAUAAUGAGGGCAUUAUAUAUCUGGGGUGUAGUUGUAAUAUUUUCAAACCUCAAGGGUAUUUCCACGGAGGCUUAGUAAAAAGAACAAUGUUGAGGAGGCUAAAUUAAAAAGAAAAAAAAAAGUUCAAGGGGCAUAAUUUUAUGUCUAUAGUAAGUAGGCUAACAUUUCACAUGUACGUUAUACUUAUAAUAUCACAAGAGACGCAAAUGGGGGUUCCCUAUUAGUUUAUGGUUUUGUUUGGUGAUCAGCAUUUUGAGUUCAAUUAGAAACUUUGACCCGUCCAAACCUCAAAUUUAGUUAUUUGGUAAGUGACGGUUCAGAAUAGCUUUUUAAAUUUAAAAGACUAAUUUUGGAAAAAGGCUCAAAAUAAUUUAAGGUAGUAAAUAAGUUGUUUUAACAUAUGGUGAUUUUGUAGGGCCUAUGUUUUUGUUUCGUGAAGGAUAAAAUGCAUUCCAAAACUAAAUCUCAUGGAGGGUUUUCAAAGAACUCCGGGACUUUUGGGUUCGAUAAUUAGCCCAAAUCUAUCAGCAAUAUAUUUGUAAUCAUCCCUUUUAUAUUCACGAGUAACCAAUUUGAUUUGGAUUAAAAAAUAAAAAGUGGAGCUUUGGGAGUGAAAUCUUGGCGUAAAGAUAUGCAACUAUGUGAGAGAAAUCUACUAGCCUAUGUAUUAUGUUCAUUUUCACUUGAGCUCAAAGCUAUUCUUCAUUUUUUGGUGUGAUUUGGUACAAAGCAGUAGGCUCUGUAGCACAUAGCAUCACUUUUGCCGACAAAUUGACAAGCUUACUGUGGCUUUGUUGAAUGUUGACAACACUUUUUACUGUUACAUAGUUGAAUUCAUCUUAUCUAUGGCAACUGUAUUUGUCCGAGCAAAGAUGUAGCAGAACAAGAACAUAUGUUUCAAGAUUUUGACGUGAGAAUAGGUUUUUUCUAAGUACACGGCGUGCGUGUACUAUCUGUAAGAACAUGGUAAUUGUGGGGGUUUUUUCCGGUGAUUUCUUGUAUUGUUUGUGCCUGGACUGGAGCUGUAAUUUUUAGGAAUUCUUUUGGAGAGAGAAAUCGUACGGCUAG